CAGAUAAUAAAAACGAUACGGCAAACGGGCAGAACCGCAAGACGAGCUACAUUUCUACUCUUUUCCUCCUGAUUCUUCGACUUAUCUGUUUGAUAUUGCUUUAGUGGUGAUAUUUUUGAAUUUUGAAAGACCGCUCCCAUUUUUCUUUUUGCUUUUUGAGUAAACCCUCCCCUUCAAAGUUAUCAGGAUGAAUCGACCCUAUCAUGGAUCAGGAGGCUACGUUGGUCUCGGUUACCCACCACCAAACACCUUUGCUGUCAGUAACAACACCAACAGCAACGACCUUGCUUCCAAGUUAUCCCGAGUGUUUGUAGGAAACCUCAAUCCAAAAGAAGUGACCGACAGAAUGCAGCUAUACCAUAUAUUCAUUAAGUAUGGUAACGUCAAGGCUAUCUCAUUGCAUAAGGGAUAUGCGUUUGUCCAGUACGAUACAGAAGCGGAGGCUCGCUUUGCAGUAGCGGAGGAGAAUGGAAACCUCUUUGGAACACAGAAGUUUGAUCUUUGUGUCUCUACCGAGAGGAAUAAGAGUGGUGGAGGAGGUGGUGGAUUCAAGCGAUAUGACAGCGAUUUUGAUGGUGGGUAUCAGACCGCACAGGCUAAGAAGAGGAGAUUUCAGGAUAAUACAUUGAUGGACAAGAAGAGUGGUGAUGAACCCACAACAUGGAUCUGCUCCUACUGUAAGCACGUAUCUGUUUCAGCUUGGGAAUUGAUGAAGCAUGCUGCUGCUAUUCAUCAAACACAGAUCUAUGACCUCAAUGGGGCCAAACCAGAAGGAGAAUAAAUAGAUGCACUUCAUUGUAAUGGUCAUUCAAACAGGUUGAACAUGUAGGGUGAAUCCAAAAAUAGUCAUUGAAUCAAUUCCCAAAGUCCAUUGGGAUGUCCCAAUAUUCAUCCAGAGACCGGAGGGUGUGGGAAUGGGUGAAUUCGUCGCUUGAGGGAAAUGUCCACCAAACUUUCACUCUAACCGUGAUAGCUGAAUUUCCAUAGCUUACACAAAGACCCCUCGUUUCUAAUCAAAGGGUACAAGUUGAUUCAUCUUACAUUGAUACAAAGACAAUGUUGGCAUGUGGAAUUGGAUUCAUAGAUUGCCAUAUACUUACAAAAAACAAACACAUACCUUGUAUUAUCCUGUGCUAUUGAUUUGGAAUACAAGUACCUAAAAAUUGUCUUAUUGUCACGACUAUGGAGCAGGGAUGUAGUUUAGGGUACGUGUAUAGAGUCACAACACCAGGAAAUUUCUCCCACAUCCUGCCUCUGACACAUCCCUCCUAUGGAGUCCUUUUAAAAUGAAAAUAAAUUGGUAUGUAUACCUUCUAAUUUCUGUUUGAUAGAGGGCCUACAGUAUGUAUGAAAGCGAUUGCUGAAACCACACUUAAAUUUAAAAACAUUCAGUUUACUAGCCAGGACCUAGUUAAUGAAAUCACCAUAAGUCUAAAAAAAAUUUUUAAAACAACCCUUAAAAUUAAUAUGUUUUCCUCUGAGAUAUUGGCAAACAUAAACAGUCACAUGGUUGUGAAAUGAGGCCCAUGAAUUCAGGUAAUCGCGAUCUGGGCCUUGUCUUACAAAGAGUUGCGAUUGAUCCGAUCAAUCAGAACUAUGGACGGCCAGCAACGUCAACAUCUAUUAUGCAUGUUCAAAAUAUUUUAUAGCAAUGAUGCAUAUUUAUGCAUUGUUUUCUUAAAAAUUCACUUCGCUUUCUUUACUUACACAGGUCAUUGUGCAUAUUUUUCGUAGAAAAAAUUAUGACACUGAUGGAUUUCCAUAGAGUUACGACCUAUUUUAAGCUUAUUCACAUUGAAAACAAAAUAAUUCAAAAUGAUAUGAGGCACUUUCAUCAUUUGUUUAUAAAUAAAAACUAAGAUAUUUCUAAAUCAGUUGAUGUUUAAUGUCUAUGUAUUUGGUUUGUUUAAGUGUAUAUGUCCCAUUUCAGAAUAGAUGAUUAUUCAUUGUAUCCCUCUAAAAAAAAUAUUGGUAAAAUUUACAUAAUAGUGGAGAAAUGGUGUUAUGGAAUUCAAUCAGUACUUCGCAAUUUACAUAAGAAAAAUUUAUGUGACAAUUAAGGAAAUGUGUUUGUAAGUGUAUGUCAGUGAAAUAACCAGCCAGUCAGUUCAUGGUGUUUAUUCUCAUACUGGGUUUGCUUAUGUUCCUGUAAUGUUGCUCUCACUGAAAUCAAGAUGGCCUUUUGACUAAAGGUUAUAUUCUGCAUAUUUUUGUCCUUGUUCUUAAAUGAAGGAAGGGUAAUCAUUCCAAGUUUUGCUCUAUUAAUUGUAGGAAUUAGCUCUCUCUGUUCAUGCAGAAUCUUGAUCAUAAAGAUUUUCAUUUGUAAAUAUAUUUCCUUGUUUCUUCAAUAGGAGAGUAGAAAGAGACCGGAAAAUCUGUAUAUAAUUAUUCAUUGUGAAAGUUGUGAAGUACGUGGCUUGUUGGAAGAGCCAAAUAAAAGCAAAGAUAUUCUUGA